AGGAAGACUACCAAUGUUUACACGCGAUACGCAUUACACGCCUGUCCUGCGUUGUGCGCGCUGUUGUCGUGCCGCACGUUUUACUUGCAGAAAUGGCCUCCGAAAACAAAUCGUGCAAGACAGAGGAGCUGCUGGAGAUUUCGAAAGACAGUGAGGUAGAGUUGUGUGUUGAAGAUUCUUCAUCAGAUGACGAGGAUCUCAUCCAGGUAGACAAAGAAAAUGGCAGCGAUUCGAGCUACGAAAUACUACUGCCCCAAAGUGAUGAUGAAGACUAUGAGCCCCCAAGUCCCUCAUCCCCUGCACAGCCAUCAGAGCCAGAUCAUUGCCAAGCCACACAAUCUACCUCAGCUCCGGCUGUCCCCCAGUUGCCUGAAAGCAGCAACAAUGAUGACUAUGAACAACCUCUGCAAAGCCCAGCCAAAAGAAAAGCUAAAUCGAAGCCUGCUAGGUCUAAGUCUCGGAAGAGUGGGCCUCCUGAACAGGAAGAAAUGUGGCGUAACGAAAAGGUGGAGGACAGAAAUCCUGAACCCUUCAAGUUUAUGCCCUCCAGGGAACCUGGUCCUACAUUUAACAAGACGGCAUCAUGGUCUCCACUUUCGCUCUUCCAGCUUUUCUUUAGUGUACCUGUUGUACAGACAAUCAUUCAAAAUACCAAUGCCAAUGCUGCAAGAAGGAAGGCAGCUGGCAUAAAGUUUCAAUGGACUGAUCUGACAGUGAAAGACUUUUACAUCUUCUUGGCUAUUAUUGUUUUCACAGGCCUUGUAAGUAUACACCACAGAGCUGACUACUGGAAAAGGGAAUGGCCAUACAAUUUUCACUUCCCCCAGGAAUAUAUGUCCAGGAACCGUUUUGAGGCCAUCAUGUGGUCAUUGCACCUCUCCAACCUGAAAGACGACGAGGAAAACCAAAAGAAAAGAAACACCCCGCAGUAUGAUCGGCUUUUCAAAAUCAAGCCGCUCUACGACCAAAUCGUGAAUGCCUGCAAAGCAAAUUUCCAGCCUUAUGAAAACAUCUGCAUGGAUGAGAGGAUGGUGGCAUCUAAAGCUAGAAUUGGCGUCAAGCAGUAUAUGAAGGCGAAGCCCACAAAGUGGGGAUACAAGCUGUUUGUUCUUGCUGAUUCAGCAUCGGGUUACACUUGGAACUUUUUUGUGUACACAGGGAAGAGUGAAAGCAGCAUAAGCCAUGGUCUGAGCUACUCAGCCGUUUUAGAUCUUCUGCCAUUUCCUUUGCUUGGUCAGGGCUACACUUUAUAUUUGGAUAAUUUUUAUACCAGCUCUGCACUCCUCCAACAUCUGCAUAAGAAUCGCUUUGGCUGCUGUGGAACCAUUAAAAAAACCCAGAGUGAUUUUCCCCGCACAGAAAAAAAUGACUUCCCUAAAAGAGCUGAGAGGGGAGAUAUGCGCUGGAUUAGAAAAGAUGAAGUGCUCUUUGUCAAGUGGAUUAACACUCGGGAGAUAACGAUGUGCUCCACAGUGCACAGGGCCUUCAGUGGAAAGACUGUGCAGCGUAGAGUGAAGGAGGCUGGGGUGUGGUCGGCAAAGCAAAUACCUGUUCCUGAUGCAGUGCUGGAUUAUAAUAAGAACAUGCGUGGUGUUGAUUUAUCUGAUGUUCUCAUUCGUUAUUACAGUGUUCAACAAAAAACAAAGAAGUGGUAUAAGACUUUUUUUUAUCACUUCAUGGACAUUGCCAUUGUGAACAGUUUUAUUUUGCACAAGGAGAUAUGCAGGAGCCAGGGUCGGGAGCCAGUAACUCAGAAAAAGUUCUGGGAGCACCUUGCUGCGGAAAUGCUGUCUUUUGCUGUAGGCUCAGCACCAGCAGCACCAUCGCCCACACUCACAUGCAUGCCACGUUAUUACAGCAGCGAUGCUACACAAUCCAGGAGGUACUGCAGGAGGUGCCUGGAUGCUGGCAUCCCAAGGGUGAAAACACCUAUUUAUUGUAGGGCUUGCAAUGUCCCCCUGUGCCUCACGUCCAAAAAAAACUGUUUUGAGCACUGGCAUAAGCUGCAGGAAUAUUUAUCAAGUGUAAAUGUGCACUGAUGGCUUGCUUCCCCUCUUGUAAUGAAACCUGGAAUUUCAAGAAAUACUAAAUCAUUUUGGGGAUGUUAUUAUUAUUAUUUUUAUCAAGAACCUCCCCUAAUGUCAACUUUUGCCCAUGUAUUAAAGAACAAUAUGAGCAGAGAAAAAUCCCUGUAACGGGCACCAUAUGCACCUGAAACAGAUCAGAUUUACUGAAUGCAUCUGAUUUGGAGUUCUACACAAAGUGUUUUGCCAUUUCUAGUAGCCCGAGUAUAGUUUUAGACCCACUGCAACAUUCAUAACAUUCAAGUUCAGGCUUCAGAGUUCAACGCUGGUGAUGAAAUCUUUUCCUGGAGGAUGCCUAUGUCCAUGUACUCAGUGUAAUGCAGUGCAGAUUUGUUUGACAAUGGAAGUUCUGUGGGUGGCCCAAGUUAAAAUGUUCUUUUGUCAUCCAGCACUAUAAAUCUUUCAUGAAUAAAACCAUUGAACAGAGUUGCAAAGAAUUGUAUUCAAUUGAAUAAAUAAACAGAUCAUUUCUACUAAAGCACACAGUUUAUUUUGUAU